AUGAGCAAUCGUUACGACUCUCACACCUUGUUCAGGGUGGAUAACCUUGUGGCCGUCAUCACAGGCGGUGGCUCCGGCAUUGGCAGAAUCAUUGCCCACGCCCUGGUGGCCAACGGCGCAAAGAGGGUGUACAUCCUUGGGCGCCGCGAAGCAUCGCUGGAAACCACAAAAUCUACCUCGUCUCACCCGGAAAACAUCACGCCCGUCGUCUGCGACGUGACGUCCAAGGAGUCGCUGCGCGCUGCGGCAGACAAGGUGCGGCAAGACUGCGGCUACUGCGACGUGGUAUUCGCCAACAGCGGCGUCAGCACUGCAGAUGCCUCCCAGUACCUUGGCCGGCAGGAAAUCGACAUCAAGGCCCUCCAAGAGGGACUGUGGCAGCAUAGCAUGGAGCACUUCACCCAGUCGUUCCACGUCAACGUCACCGGGGUCUUCUACACCACGGUCGCCUUCCUGGACCUGCUGGACGAGGGAAACAAGCGCGACGCGGUGCCGCAAAAGUCGCAGGUCGUUGUAGUCACGUCCAUGGGCGGCUUUUCCCGCCGCCCGAAGGCGAGUUUUGCCUACGGGCCGAGCAAAGCCGCCGCUGGGCAUUUGGCCAAGCAGCUUGCGACUCGGCUGGCGCCGUACAAGAUCCGGGUCAAUAACCUUGCUCCCGGGUUCUACCCGAGCGAGAUGACGGAGAAUAUUGCCUUUAUGAAGGAGACGGACGAGCCGCGUCGAGAGGGGAGUCUUGCCAACAGCUUUGUGCCGCUGGAGAGGGUGGGCUCCGAGGAGGACAUGGCUGGUGCCGUCUUGUUCCUGGCGAGCAGGGCGGGCAGCUAUGUGGAUGGAAACGUGUUGCUUACCGAUGGCGGUCGGGCUAGUAUCGUGCCUUGCACGUACUAG